AUGGCCGGUUCCCCCUUCACCUUCACCAGCUACUACGAAGUCAAGGCUGUCCCCGGAGAGGUCGUCAACGGCACCACCCCCACUGGCGGUCUUGCCGGUGCAUCCGGUCUCUACAAGAUCGGCAUCAACUCCGACCUCAACCUGAUCUGCUACAACAUCGAGCUCUACGGCUUCCGUGGCGAGUACAGCUCACCCGCCGCCACUGCCACCCACAUCCACGAGGCCGCAAAGGGUGCUUCGGGUCCUCCUAGAAUCGCCUUCCCCAACCCCGUUGAUGUUGGCAAUGGUGUUAGACGCACUGUCGGCUGCCAGUCCGGUCCUUUCAAGACCGGUCUGUUGGCUAACGGCAAGGACACUGCCGAUGGCUUCCACAUCAGCCAGAUCGAGAAGAACCCUGCUGGCUUCUUCGCCGACACCCACUCCAGCUUGGCUGUUCCCGGUGCCGUCCGUGGCCAGCUUGCUUAG